AGUCUUUUGCCCAAAAAGCAAGUUAGACUUAAAAGGAGUCCAACCAGAUAAGAACUAAAGUCAAAAAGACCUGUAUGUAAACUCUGUAGAAAGAAGAAGAAGAAGAAGAAGAAGAAGAUUCAUGUUUCUUCACAAAAAUUCCUAAAGAAAAGAAUUUAGAUUUGUUUUUUUUUGGAAUUUGGAAAAUGGAUCAUCAUCAUCACAAUCAUUGGCGUAUGAGGUUCUCGUUCAAGAACGCCACAAUUGCUCUCACUGUCGUCAACGUUCUCAUCUUCCUCUUCCUCCUUCAGGGAUUUUUCACUUCCUCCUCCUCUUCUUCUUCUUCUUCCUCUCGCCGGAUCGUUUCAGCUCAGCUUCGGUACAUCAAGGAAGCUGAAGAGAUUAGGCUAAAGAUGCAACCUUUAGAGCUCAUCAAAAGAGUCCGAGAAAUAGAACAGGAGGCAUCCGGGGGACAAGAAACCGAGCAGCAGAAAGAUGUGAAGCAGACUACAGCUGUUGAUCUCUCUAAACGCCUCAAGGACUUCCGUGCGCUAAACGAUGCAUCAAGCUUGAAAGCAUUGGAAGAAUGGCGAAAGCGGAAAAUGGAACGAGCAAGGCAACGGGAUCUUGAGAAAACCGGAGGAGCUUCGUCCAUCAAAACAUAAUCAUAACUACUUUAUAUAAGUCAUUAAUCCUCAGAUUAUCAUCUGGCUGCUAUAUAAAAUGAUUAAAAAAAACAUUAUGUCUCAUGAAAAAAAAUCAUGUAAGCCUUAAUAUACAUAGAACAAAAACCUGUCAAAACACAGGAAGAAAGAAAAAGAAAGGAAAGGAUCUCGUGUAUCUUGUGAAAUGUGAACGCAACUGAAUUUUGUUCAA